CUCAGUGUGCCUAUAUAUACACUCUUAAAAUCUCUUUUAUUAAAACCCUAAUAAACACUAUUUUACUCUUAUUUUAUUCUAAAACCCUAGAAAUAAUGGCAAGAAAGAGAUCGUCUCCUCCCCCCGAAAAUCCCGCCGAUGAUUCCGACCACGUCGACGCCGCCUCUGACGACGACGAGCAGCCGAUUGAAUCAGACCCCCAAAACGACGUCGCUGAAGAACAAAACGACGGAGAACAAGAGUCUCAGGAGGAAGAUGAUGCCGAGUCUGAAGGUGAAGGGGAAGAUGAAGCGCCUGCUGAUGCGAAUGAUCAAUCUGGUGAAAAGCAGGUUUCUUCUCAAGGGUCCGAAUCGAUUGGGAAAGAAUCCGGGUCGGAUCCGGAUCAGGGUUCGGGUUCUGAGUCCGAGAAGUCUUCUCCUUCUCCUGUUCCUGUUAAGCCGAUUAGGUCGAAGCCCAUGAAGGUUUUGGCUAAGAAACCCGACCCGAAAUCUGACCCGAAACCGAAGAGGAAGAGGGCUUCUGUGAAACGUGGAGGGGAAGCUGAAAAGAGUGGAAAGGGUGGGAAUAAGAGGGCUAGGGUUUCGAAUGGGGAUGAAAAGAGGUCUGGGAUUCAUAGGCUUUGGAGUGAGGAUGAUGAGAUUGUUAUUUUGCAGGGGCUGAUUGAUUAUCAGUUGGCAAAUGACGAGGACCCUUAUUCUGAUUUAGAGGCUUUUUACAAGUUUGUGAAGGAUUCACUUCAUGUGAGUGUGUCGAUGAAGCAAUUGAGUGAUAAGAUUAGGAGGUUGAAGAAGAAGUAUUCGGUUAAUGCUGAGAAGGGUGAUGAUGUUGUGUUUGUGAAACCACACGAGGAUAAGUCGUUUGAGCUGUCAAAGAAGAUUUGGGGCGGUGGAAAUGGAGCGGAGGAAGGUGGUAAGGGUAAGAGUGGUAGGAAGAAAAAGGAUAAAGAUGUUGGGAAAACAGUGAAUAAUGGAGUGAAAGUCAAUGGGAAGGAUGAUGUUGCUGUCGAAGAUGAUAUCGAGAAUGGAGUUGAGGCUGAUGAGGAGGAUGAAGAAGGUUUGGAUUUUAAGGGAAUGUAUCCAUACAUGAGUAAGGCGUGGGAGUCAGAUUUCAGUUGUUCGCAGCCAUUGAAAGAGAUUAGUAUGGGGAAUUUUCGGUUGGUUUCAAGUGAAAAGAUGAGGGGCAUGGAGAAGGAAUGGAAGGAUACUUAUGUGAAGGAAAUGCAGUUCUAUGUCAAUAAGCUGGAUUUGAAGUCGAAGCAUGCUAAAGUGGUGUUGGAUCAGAUGAUUAAUUCAGACCCUUGAUCUCUUUUCCAGUGCAAUGCUCAUUAGAAGAACAAGUUAAUAAAAUUUUAAGAAGAGAAACAUAGAAGUGGAUCAAAGAGAUGAGCGAAUAGGCUUUUAAGAAACCUCUUAUGGAGACCUUGAGUUGUAAAGCAUGCAGAAUUUACGGAAAUUGAUGGAGCUUAAAAUUGAGGUUCUGUUUUGUUGUUCAAAUUGAAACAGAUGCCAUUAAGUUUUCCCCUUCAUUAUGGCAAAUUUGUCUUUCCAAAUAAAUUCGCUAAUAUUUGUUACUUUGGUGUAAUGUUUUUUACACAGCAUUUGUCAAUUUGAAACAGAAGGAAAAACUGCUGCUAAUUAAUCUUGCACAAAUGCCAUGAAAAGUCACAGUACUAUUGACUAUACUUGAUGGCAUGGAAAUUGGUUAAUCUAUGCAUGUUUUAAAUCAUUUGGUAGCUGUUGGCAGUUGCUAAUUACUAAACAUUUUCUUGGCUGCCUCUUUCUGUCGAGUUUAUUAGUGAGUUACGCAAUUGGCCAUCAUCUCGGCUGGCAAAUCAUCUUCAAGCACCAAGUCUUCUCUAUGAACCUAUCUUCUCGGCUGGCAAAUCAUCUUCAAGCACCAAGUCUUCUCUAUGAACCUAUCUUCUCGGCUGGCAAAUCAUCUUCAAGCACCAAUUCUUCUCUAUGAACCUGUGACUUCCCUGUUGGGAAGCUCCUUUGCAGCUGUCCCAUCUCUGUUAAGACACAUCCCUCUGACAAAUGAAAAGUUUGUUUCGCAAAACACUGCCAGAACAAGGGAACAGAGGCUGUCGUCAUGUUGAAAUUCAAUUGAAAAUAUUUUCAUUGUAUUUAAUGCUUCUUGCGAAAAUUUAUUGGUUCAUUCACAGGCCUCGUGAACUAUUUUGUCUCAGUAUGAGAGAGAACUAUUAUUAUUUUUU